AUGACAACAACUACGGAAAUCUCGUCUACUACCGAUUCAAUUUCCGGCCGAGACAUUUUAUAUAAGGCGCCAAGUCUUCUAGACGACAACAAUAAGGAUGCACCACACACAAUAACUGAUCAAACGCCCACAAGAUUCUUGGCCCGAUGUUCUAAACUAGACUUGGAGCCCAAUCCAUUCGAACAAAGCUUCUCCCAUAUAACUCCACUAGGAGAUACCUCCGGCACCAACAGUCCCAAACCAAGCCUCCCUCCAGUAGCAGAAAUUACCAGUCCAGCAGCAGGAGGAACAAGUACAUCCGAAAGAUAUGGCUGGAAUCUACAAUCACUUCGUACCGGUCCAUUAUCUCCCGCAAUGUUGGAAGGACCUCAGAGCUUUGAUGGCCUCGGCGUAGCAACAAAUACCCGUACCGGUACUACUCCUCUCGGUUUCCAAUCUUUUGCUGACCAAUCCCCUCGAUCGGCUGCUCUCUUUGGCGCACAGUCAAUGGCUCUUACAUCAACAUUUAACAAUUCAUCAAAUACAGUGAAACCUGGCAAUGGACUAAUGGCUGGCCAGUUCGGACCCAAGGCUGUGUCUAAUGUGAGUGGGGCGUCCGUCGUUGAUACGCAGAAUGGACCUGAGAUGAAUGAUGAGAGUGCGACAGACGUAGUACCCACAAAGACAGAAAGGGAAGAUUACGGAUCCAACACACUGACAAAUUCGACGACGACACUAUCUACUCGCUCAAGAUCGACAAAGUCUAAAACAAACGGCGUUCGACCACCCAGCCCAACAGACCACAACACCACAUCAUCUGAAGAAGAAAGCGACGACGGCCAUUCCAACGAUCUAUAUACGAGUUCACCAAAGAAUUCAAAGACGAGUCAUCGCCGCAAAGCGUCUGAUGAUCUUAUGGAUCAGCCUGCACAGAAGAAGAGUAAUCAAAAGACAAAAAAUGAUUUAUCGGAUGCAGAGAAACGGAAAAACUUUUUGGAGAGAAAUCGUCAAGGCAUGAUUAUUAUAACUAGCAUCUGUCAUGCCGCCCUCAAAUGCCGCCAACGUAAGAAACAGUGGCUUGCCAACCUCCAAGCCAAGGUCGAAUAUCUGACUAACGAGAAUGAACAGCUGCAGAGCCAAGCAACAUCUCUUCGUGAAGAGAUUCUUAAUCUGAAGACAUUGCUUCUUGCGCACAAGGAUUGUCCAAUUGCUCAAGCAAAUGGAGUUUUAGGCAUUGAAGCACUCGCACAUUCCCAAGCAGGCAUGACAGCACUUCACGGAGUACCAAUAGGUAUGAAUAUGGGUAUGAUGCAGAAUACCAUACAAAAUGUACACGGAGUACAGCAACCGGUGAACGUAUCUUCUCACAUACAAGUACAGCCGCAUAUUAGUAAUCACGUCAAUGGAGGGCCGGGAUAUAUGAGAAUGUAA